AUGAUUUGGUUUUGGAUUUUGACCGGGAUCUUGGCUUUAAGUGCUGCCGAUGAAUACAUCGGUCCCGGAAGAUGGCUUAUCAUAAGCGUAGAGAAAUGCCCUGAGGACGAAAUUUAUCCAAUAAAUUUCGAAAUAGCAAAGAAAAAGGUGAAUCGAACUCAUGAUGGAUUCCAUGGCAGCAUGGUCCUUAAUCAAGCUCUGGACGAUGAGUUUGGGAUCAACAUAGAUAUCUGCAAAUACGUGGACGGGGGCUGCAAGCAGAUACAGGUUUUACAGGAUGACUGCCUAUGUUGCUUCGCAAGGAAAUACGCCAAGGAUAACUUAGAGAGAGGACUCACAUUGGCCGGCAUCGACCCGCCUGACUGUCCUAUAAAACAGGGUAGUUACGAAAUAAAAGACUUCGUCAUAGACUACGACGAGCUUCCAAAUAACUCGAUUUACGGGAGAUUCAUGGCCCGAGUCGAGUUAGUCGGCAAGGCCUUAAACAAACCCGACACCGAAGUCCUUGGAUGUAUAAUCCUCAAUUCAGAAUUCAACAAAUGCGAAGACGACGAAGACGAAUAACUAAAGCAUAAAACUAAAUAAUUAUUGAAGUUCUA